CUAGGGUGGUUGGGGAGCAUUUCCGUGGGCAGCUGGCCGGGCAAUCGCCGUGGGCAGCCUAGGGGAGGCCCCCGCUUCACGUGAAGCCCGUGCAGCAACAGCCGAGGCAGCUGCGAUGAAGCCCAGGCCCGCGAGGUUCGUGGAUAAUAAACUGAAGCAGCGCGUCAUCCAGUACCUCACCAGUAACAGAUGCGGCAAAUAUGUGGACACUGGUGUCUUAGCAUCUGAUUUACAAAGAAUGUACAGUAUAGACUAUGGUCGAAGGAAAAGAAAUGCCUUUAGGAUUCAGGUGGAAAAAGUUUUUAGCAUAAUUAGCAGUGAGAAAGAACAUAAGGAUCUAGCAGACUUAGAAGAUGAACAUCUGGCCAAAAGAGCAAGACACGGUGAAGAGGAUAAUGAGUAUGCUGAAAGCUAUUCUGAUGAUUCAAGUAUGGAAGAUUACCCAGACCCACAGUCAGCAAAUCAUAUGAACAGUUCCCUGCUCUCCUUGUAUCGGAAAGGAAAUCCCGAUUCUGUUUCAAGUACUCCUGAGAUGGAACAAAAAGAAACCAUUACUUCAUCACCACGGAUAACUUCCAGAACAGGCUCCGUUCCUUCAAAGACCCCUGCCGGAGGUUCUGAAGGAGGAUGGUUUAUUGACAAAACCCCAGGUGGAAAGAAGGACAGUUUUUUCGCGGAUCUAUCAGAUGAGAAGUGUAAUGAUAAGAAGCUGAUCUCUGAGAUAGAGAAUUCAAAAGAUUCUUCACUUCUGGAGAGUAACAAAAAAAGGAAAGGCAAGCUAAACAGCAAAGGAGGCAAAAAGAAGAAAGAAGAUCUCCAGGAAGUAGAUGGGGAAAUAGAAGCUAUCCUGCAGAAGAAAGCUAAAGCCAAGGGGCUAGAAUUACAGAUCUCCAGUGUGAAGUUCGAAGACGUUGGCGGCAAUGAUACAACAUUAAAAGAGGUCUGCAAGAUGCUUAUACACAUGCGUCACCCAGAGGUGUACCACCACCUGGGUGUCAUACCCCCACGUGGAGUUCUCCUUCAUGGACCACCAGGCUGUGGGAAGACGUUACUUGCACAUGCGAUUGCUGGGGAACUUGAUCUUCCAAUUCUGAAAGUAGCUGCUACGGAGAUUGUAUCCGGAGUGUCUGGAGAAUCCGAACAGAAGCUAAGAGAACUAUUUGAACAAGCUGUGUCAAAUGCACCAUGUAUCCUCUUUAUUGAUGAAAUUGAUGCUAUUACCCCCAAAAGAGAAAUUGCUUCAAAAGAUAUGGAGCGAAGAAUUGUAGCCCAGCUCCUAACCUGCAUGGACGAGCUGAAUAACGUGGCCGCUACAGCUCGGGUCCUAGUCAUUGGAGCUACCAACCGACCAGACUCCUUAGACCCUGCUUUGAGACGUGCAGGAAGGUUCGACCGAGAAAUAUGCCUAGGUAUCCCGGAUGAAGCAUCCAGAGAAAGAAUACUUCAAACUUUGUGCAGGAAACUGAGACUUCCCGAAACCUUUCAUUUUCGUCACUUAGCACACCUCACGCCGGGCUUCGUUGGCGCUGACCUGAUGGCGCUCUGCCGAGAGGCGGCCGUGUGUGCAGUCAACAGGGUCUUGAUGGAGCUGCGGGAGCGGCACGGGAGACAUCCUGAGACUGCAGCUUCACCCUCUGACGGAGACCAGGAGGAAAGGACUGGAACUGAACCCACUUCUGAAACCCAGCUGCUUUCUAUACAGGAAGAAUUGCAAAGGCUGCUGGGGUUGCUAAGGGACCAGGCUCCCCUCUCAGAGGAACAGCUUAAAGGACUGUGCAUUGAGUUGAAUGAUUUCAUGGUUGCUCUGUCCUCUGUCCAACCCUCUGCCAAAAGGGAGGGCUUUGCCACUGUCCCUAAUGUGACAUGGGCAGAUAUUGGUGCCCUGGAAGACAUUAGAGAAGAGCUCACCAUGGCGAUAUUGGCACCAGUACGUAACCCAGAUCAGUUCAAAGCUCUUGGCUUGGUGACUCCAGCUGGGGUCCUCCUGGCUGGUCCUCCUGGCUGUGGGAAAACUCUGCUCGCAAAGGCUGUUGCAAAUGAGUCUGGGUUAAAUUUUAUAUCUGUGAAGGGCCCUGAAUUACUAAACAUGUAUGUUGGUGAGAGUGAACGUGCUGUGCGACAGGUUUUUCAGCGAGCCAAGAACUCAGCACCCUGUGUGAUAUUCUUUGAUGAAGUGGAUGCGUUAUGCCCUCGAAGAUCAGCCCGAGAGACAGGGGCAAGUGUCCGAGUGGUGAAUCAGCUGCUUACAGAGAUGGAUGGUCUGGAAACACGUCAGCAAGUUUUUAUUAUGGCAGCCACUAACAGACCAGAUAUCAUUGAUCCUGCAAUCCUGCGCCCAGGCCGCCUGGACAAAACACUCUUCGUGGGUUUACCACCCCCAGCAGAUCGUCUCGCCAUCCUAAAAACUAUCACAAAAAAUGGUACAAAACCCCCACUGGAUGCAGAUGUAAACUUGGAAGCAAUUGCUGGUGACCUUCGCUGUGAUUGUUAUACAGGUGCAGAUCUCUCUGCUUUGGUACGGGAGGCUUCUAUCUGUGCCCUGAAGCAGGAAAUGGCAAGACAGAAGAGUGGAAGUGAAAAAGGUGAACUGAAGGUUAGUCAGAAGCACUUUGAAGAAGCUUUCAAGAAAGUAAAAUCAUCUGUAUCAAAAGAGGAUCGAGCAAUGUAUAAGGAUCUGCAGUGGUCCCUCAGCCGGUGACUUCUCCAGCAGCGAGCCUUCCAGGAGUCCAGUGCCUCAAGAUGCCAGAGAUGCCCACGUGCUCUGAGCGCCCACUUUCAGCUUGAUACAUGUGCUCUCACAUAAGCGUUUUAUCCUCAAAUUAAUGAGGCCAAGUCAAAGCUGAAGAUUCUUCCCAUCCGGACAACCUCAUAUGGAAACACCCUACCUCCUGUUUAAGGGGAAAAAAAUUAAUUGUCAAAAUAAAAUAACAGAUAACCUUUUUAAAAUAAAAUGUUUAUUUUGAAACAA